CCCUGUCCCGUACAAGCAAAACAUUGAUGCAACAAGUUCUGUGCUAGAGAUGAUGGGGAUCAACAAUGGGAGGCAACCAACCUUAUCAGAGGUGGAGAAGCAGUUGGAACGCAUCUAUCCCGCUGAUGAUGCUUACUUGAGGAAGUUCAUUAUCUUCCUUAUGUCUUCUGUGUUUGCUCCUACAACAGGAAUUUAUGUUAGCCCAAAGUGUUAUCCAGCGGUGAUUAACAUAGAAGCAAUCCAAAGGUUGGACUGGGCAAGAUUUAUUAUCGACAUCCUCAUUAAGACCGCGAACGCCAAAGGAAAAAAGAACUGGUUUAAAGCUUGCAUGCCAUACCUAAUGGUUCUAUAUGUAGAUUCACUGGAAACAGACGCUGUAGAUUUGCCACCUGGACCUCGCAUUUGUGUUUGGACUAACCAGUUAAUAAGGCAUGUCGUAGAUUUGGAUACCAACACUGAUGGAUCAUUUGGAAAACUACCGCUCAAGGCUUGCUUUAGGAACAAGACUGUCCUUUUUAAUAAUGACCCAUCUGCUAUAGACAUGUUCAUCAGAUGUCAUGCACCAUAAUCUCCUAAUGAAGAA